AUAUUUGCAUAUGAACUCCGAUCGAUCGAUCUCGCGUCACAUCCGGCAUAUAUCUGUUUUCAGGGAAGCAAAAGAGACCUAGAAUAAUCGCAAAAAAACUGGAUAUUCUUCAAAAUUAGCCGUAACAGACACUGUAGAGACCUUGAGAGGUAAUACACCUACCAAUAUGUUGAGGAAUUUUGCUGCAGGCCUUUAUAGGGAAUGCUCAAAAGGAGUUGGAACAGCUUCGUUUUUGAGAGUUCGUCCACAAGUCGCCACAUCGCAACAUGGGGCAUCAUGCAGUAGCGGCGCCGGGGAGGAAGCACAUGAUGACCCAAACUUCUUUGAGAUGGUGGAACUAUUUUACGACCGAGGGGCUGCCCUGGUUGAAGACAGACUCGUAGACACACUCAAGGGACCAGGAUCGGAAAAUGAGAAAAGACUAAAAGUUCAAGGAAUCUUGAGACUGCUCAAACCAUGCAACCAUGUACUCAGUAUCAACUUCCCUCUGCUAAGAGACGACGGUUCUUUUAAAAUGAUUCAAGCUUACAGGGCUCAGCACAGCCAACAUCGAACACCAUGCAAAGGAGGUAUAAGAUACAGUGAGGACGUGAGUGAGGACGAGGUCAAGGCGUUGGCAUCUCUGAUGACGUACAAGUGUGCCGUGGUGGAUGUCCCCUUCGGCGGCGCUAAGGGCGGGAUCAAGAUCGACCCGAGAAAGUUCUCUGAGAGAGAACUAGAGAAGAUCACAAGGAGGUUCUGCAUGGAACUAGCCAAGAAGGGCUUCAUUGGACCUGGUAUUGACGUACCUGCUCCCGACAUGGGUACAGGCGAGAGGGAGAUGAGCUGGAUGGCUGAUACCUAUGCUAUGACCAUCGGUUAUCAAGACAUCAAUGCACAUGCUUGUGUUACAGGAAAACCAAUCACACAGGGUGGUAUACAUGGUCGUAUCUCAGCUACGGGGCGUGGUGUGUACCACGGUGUAGAGAACUUUGUUAACGAGGCUUCCUAUAUGAGCCUUAUCGGUCUCACUCCAGGCUUCGGUGACAAAACAUUCAUCGUACAGGGUUUCGGUAAUGUGGGUCUUCAUUCCACCAGAUAUCUUCAUAGAUAUGGAGCUCGGUGCGUAGGAGUGAUGGAGAUAGACGGUAGCAUCUAUAACCCCAAUGGCAUCCAUCCGAAGGAACUUGAAGACUACAAGCUGGAGCAUGGUACCAUCGUAGGCUUUCCUGGAGCAGAGCCCUAUGAAGGGAACCUCCUGACGGAACAGUGUGACAUCCUGGUACCUUGCGCGGGAGAGAAACAGAUCACAGCUGACAAUGCCAGGGACAUCAAGGCCAAGAUCAUUGCCGAGGGUGCCAAUGGCCCUACUACCCCUGCUGCAGAUAAAAUCCUUUUGGAAAAGAAAGUCUUAGUUAUACCGGACAUGUUCAUCAAUGCCGGUGGUGUGACCGUAUCAUACUUUGAAUGGCUCAAGAACCUCAACCAUGUUAGCUACGGUCGUCUAACCUUCAAAUACGAGAGAGAUUCCAACACACACCUCCUUCAGAGUGUACAGGAGAGCUUGGAAAGGAAGUUUGGUCGCCAUGGUAGCGGCAUCCCCAUCACCCCUUCAGAUCAAUACAAGGAUCGCAUUGCUGGCGCCAGCGAGAAGGACAUCGUCCACAGUGGUCUUUCAUACACCAUGGAGAGGUCUGCUAGGCAAAUCAUGAGGGCAGCGAUGACAUACAACCUUGGUCUCGACAUCCGAACGGCUGCCUAUGUUUCAUCCAUUGAGAAGAUCUUCACUACCCAUUAUCAAGCCGGUCUUUCCUUUACAUAAACUCGUCCCUCACGAAACCUCAAACCAUAAAUAUAUUAUUAAAUAGUAAUAAUGUCAAAGGAGUAAUCAUAGUUUAAACGGCCAUGUAUUGAAAAAUUUUGCCAUCGAGUUAUCUUUCACUUUACAACAUCAACAACAGCCCACUAUCUAGUCGUUCUCUCCUUUUACAUAAACUGGCAUUGCCUAAAAUACCUAAAUAUAUUAUGAAAUUGUAACAAUGUUUUAAGGAGUAAUCAUAGUCUAAAUUAGUUGAAAUACCAUAUAUCCUUGAUACACAAUGCAGUGAGUUCGAAAAUCUUUUCAUUUCACUAUUUAAAGUAUACAAUUGUGAAGGAAGAUUUGUUUAAUGUUAUUGCAUAAUAAAUAUAAUGUGUUUUUAAUAUUGUAUGGUAGGUUAUUUGGUGCUGUAUUAUAUUCAUAACUUAAUACCUUAGCUUGAUGAAAUAUUAACUUCCAAGAUACAUGAGCAGCUGUGUGAGCUGUCAUAAUUUUUGGGAAAUUAGUAGAUUUGAUUUCUGGGAGACGGUGAGAACGUCAUUGUUUCCUAAUUCUACCUGUCAGAGUGUAUUGCUAUGUAUGGUGUAAAAAGUGAUUAGAAUAUUAAAUAAAUAUUUUUAAAAAAUGAAAAGAAUAACAGAGACAAGAUAAAAAUAAAAAUGCAAUUACAUAACUCUGUUACCAAGUAAUCUUAAUGGUUGUAUACAAUAUCAUCAUGGAACAUGAAUAAUCCAAAUAAUGUAUUGAUGAUGUGUGGUUUAUCAGCUAAAAUGAAAUAUUACUACAACAAUUAAUGUGGUGGAACGGUGCACACAGAAUAUAUGAUUUGAACCCUUGAAAGAAGCAAUAAAAAAGAAACUGAAUCUCUAUUUCCAAUAUUGCUUUUCUUUUGUUAUAUGGAGUAUGAAAAAUAUUGCAGUAUUUGUUUUGAAUUAUAAUAUUAUCGCCUCUGUAAUGUGUGUAUUGUGUGUGAAGCAGCCUUUACAAACAGUACAAAACUACCCCAAAGAAUAUAACUUUUAACUUGUGUCUUAUUUAGUUUGAGUUUGUGUCAUCCGCAUAAGAUUAAUGUCUUUUAUGGGGAAAAAGAUUUAUUGUAUGAUUUGAAUAAUACAAUUGAAUUGAAUUGAAUUGAAGUGAAUAUAUACAAAGGUUUCUUCCUAAUUAUUUUUGUUUUCAUGAUUGAAUUAAUGUUCUUCAUGACGUAAAAGUUGAAAGACAUGUACUACUGCUUAAUUACUUUUAGCAAAAUUUAGCAAGAAGGGAUUAGGGUAUUUCUGUAUGUACAAUUUUUAUUGUUUAAAGAUGUGAAGUUGUGUGCAAUAUGAACCUGUAUCAUAUUGCAUACAUGUAUUUAAUAUCAUGCCUACCAACACCUUCAGCAGAGUGGUUAACCUAUUUUCUUCUGGAACUGAGUGAUCUCUGUACAAAGCCUAUGAGCAUCACAGAAUUUAGUAGUCAACAGGUUAACACAUUAUCUCCUGGAACUAAGUGGUUAUUGGACAAAAGCUUACAUUAAGUUAUAGAGUUUAGUCAGCAGGUUAACACAUUACAUCCUGGAACUGGGCGGUUAUUAGACAAAAGUUUAUAGAAAUUAUAGAAUGUGGUCAGCAGGUCAAUCCAAUGCCUACUGCAUGAACUGGAUAGUUGCUUGACAAAAGCUUAUGAAAACAUUACAGAAUUCAGUUGUUUUAACCCCUAUUUUGGGAUUGUUUCUGUGUAUACAUGCACACAGAUUCUAAUCUAAUAUUGUUUUCCUUUAUAUAGACUUAGGGUAUAUGUGCAUGGCAAAUGCAUACAGCAGGCCUAUUUAUAUACAUUUUAGACCAGUGGUAGUAUUGGUAGACAAUAAACAAGGUCCUUAGUUUAUUCUUUUGUGUUCACAAUAUCCAGAGUUCUAUCAAAGGAUUUUGAAACUUUAAACCUGUUGCUUUGCCUUUUUCCUUUUGUUCUAAGAAGAAAAUAUCUAUAAGUUCCAAGUUUCUCUUUCAUUUACCAGCAUAUUUAUUUUCUUAACUGAAUAGUACAUAAAACCUGAUCUGCUAUUCCUCAGUUGCUUAUAUACUUAUAGAUAAAAUUCAAUUUAGUAUACUUUUAGCAUAUGUCAAUGAAAUAUAUAGUUUAUAAUAUUUGAACUAUUUUAUCUUGAUUGGUUUGUUUUGAGCUGCUUAGAUUUAUUUUUUUUGUGUAUUUUAUGUUUAUUACCAUUCACAGAAUUUUUAUAAGAUGAUCCUUAUUUUGUCACAGGAAUGAGACAGGUCAUUCAUAAAGUUGUUCAGAAGUUUACAACAGCUUUUUGAAACACCCUCAAGUUUGCCUAACUCUUUGCAUCAAUUUCCCUUUUUUGUCAGUAACAAAAUGCUGCCCUCAUAGUAACAUGUUCUUUGGUAAUGAAACGUGCACUAGUGUGUGUGUGUGUUAAGAUAUGAUGGAAAUACCUAUUAAAAAUGAUAAAAAGA